AUGGCACGUCGAGUUGAAGCACAAGUCAGUCGCGACUGGGUCUUUGGCUUUACAUCAUGGAACUUGCUGUUUCGCUCCUCUUUGAACUUGUCUCGCACCACGGAUGCGUAUUCACGCACCUUCUAUGAUGAAGACGAGCAAACAUGGGUGCAGCCAACUGGACACCACAUCGAAGCAGCAGCCAGGCAGUUGCUCGCAGCUUUACAGGCAACAUAUAUCGAUGUCAGUGGACAGCCACGGGCUGUAAAGGGUGACGUUACAAAGCUUCGCUAUGUACGUGGUCUUAAGCCAAUGGCUCGCAAACUUCUCAAAAAUAUACGGCACACCGCCCAGGGCUUACCAGGUACACAGGAAGCACGAAAACGCAUGCGUUUCGAGAUUCAGGCCAUGCGUAUCAAGUAUGGCGUGCCACUUUUUGUAACUUUCACACCAGACGAAGCCCACCAGCUCAUUUUUGUCCGCAUGUCUCGAGUCUGUGAAGCUGAUCCAGUACGUGCUGCCACUCUAGCCCAAGAUUUCCCAGCUGGUGGCAUAAAUUUCCCGCGGCUGUCCGCCACUUCUCCGAACGCAACGCCUUUUGAAGCAAAAUUUUCCCUACCCAUGUCGUGGGCUGACCGGCGCGAGGUUUUGGCGCGGGAUCCACUCGCGGCCGUAGAUGGUUUUCGAGUGCUCACACACUUGAUGCUACAACAUUUGUUUGGAGUUCGAUCUUGUCCCAUGUGCCCUGAUUGUAACACCUUCUAUGCUGGGUGGGAACCGUGUCAAGACAGGCACGGUAGCAACGCAGAGCCGAGUGGUGGAAUCUUCGGACGUGUGGAUGCCGUCUACAUUACAUUGGAAGCCCAAAAGAGCACUGGUAGCUUGCACGGCGGUGCCUUCGUGGACAUCGUCCGACGCCUCACUUCAGAUAACGUUGAGCCUCCGGACACGGCCAACAGCGACGACAGCGGCGACAGCGGCGUCGACGAGCCUCUUCUUGCUCACGAGAUAGUCGGAAAGGUCAGCCUAUUCCUGACAAAUGUGCGACAAAAACGUAUGUGCAACAACGAACAGCUAGAGUUCCUUGAAAAGGUGUGCGAGCGAAUUCAAGCAGAAGCCAUGUCUGGCCAAGAUCGAGGAGGCGCGGCCGAAACAAACACACAGCCAUUCAGAUGGGCUUUGCACGGUGGCCCUGGCACUGGCAAAUCCUAUGCAUUGAACCUUCUUCGCAAGGAAUUGUUGGAAGAACGUCUGGGCUGGCAACAGGGAAGCGAAUUCCAAAUCGUAACUUUCCAAGCGGUCAACGCCGAACCUUUGGAUGGAGACACCAUCCAUUCGGCCCUUGGUUUAGCGUGGCACGGAAAUGAUUCCAACGUGAAUGCGCAACGCAUCCUCGAUUUAGCAGGCAACGCUAUCCGUUGGCGUUGGCUGUUGAUAGACGAAAUCAGUAUGGUCAGCGCGGAAAUGCUCGCCCGUUUAGAGGUGGCCUGUGAACGGUUGCACACGCAAAGCAUUGCACCCAAGACGAUCAUACAGAAGGAGUGCGAGCCCUUAUUGCACGUCCUGGAGCUGGAAGCACAGGCUGCAGCACCAGCUCCGCAGAUUGGCAUUUGGUGCCUUUGGAUCUACAACGUUGGCUGCUUCCUGGCCGGGCUGGGCAUCGCCAGUGGUUUACCCCUGGCCAUUACCGAGGAUGUUCAGAAAUCCCUCUAUGGUGCUGUAGUCUUCUUUGUCUCUGUGAUGCCCAGCUUCCCACCCUUCGGCUUCUGGCAUAGCCACGUGUAUUUUGUUGAUUGGUAUCCCCUGCUGCUCUGGCCCUGGGUUUGGCGUUCCUGGCUCCUGCGGCGCCCCAUUGGCGCGCGGGGCCAACGCCUGCACGGCCACGCAGCGGCGCGGGCGGCGGCGCCGAUGGAGCUGGGUAAGGCGGAAAAUGCAGAGAUGUGAGCCGCUGAAACGUUUUUUGUUCUUUUCCAUAGGGUUCUAUCACUGAAAUUCAUCUAGGGCUUGGCGCUUUGGCGGCUGCAGAGCAGUGGGCCAACUGCGUGUGUUUUACGCGCCUUUAGCACGGACAGUUUGACAGUGCUCGGCUCAAGUCAGGUCUUGCAUGAAGGGGUUGUGGGUCAAAAAACAUGUCCC